GGUUUGACUGCAAAAUUCCGCCAAUAUUUUAGCGUCGAUACCAACGUCCAACUUACUUGAUAGCCACUUUGGGUGUUUCUCACAUUUAUUUUAGUGAUUAAUCCUCAUAUACACAUUGCAGAUGGCCUCGCCUGUUAUUGACGAUAUUCAAACAGCUAAGAAAAUGAAACUUGAUAAGAAAUGCGUUUUGCGUUAUGCCAAAAUCAUUGAGCAUGCGCUGGAGCCACAGCGUGGAUCUGAACGAGCCGCCGGCUUUGACUUGCGCAGCGCCUACGACCUCAUAGUUCCAGCCCGUGGUAAGGCUAUUGUCAAGACCGAUCUCCAGGUUCAGGUGCCAGAGGGUUCCUAUGGCAGAGUGGCGCCUCGUUCCGGCCUGGCCGUGAAGAACUUCAUCGACGUGGGCGCUGGCGUUGUUGAUGAGGAUUACCGAGGCAAUCUGGGUGUUGUCUUGUUUAAUCAUUCGGACACAGACUUUGAGGUCAAGCGCGGUGAUCGCAUUGCUCAAUUCAUUUGCGAGCGCAUAUCCAUUCCGGAGCUGGAACAGGUCGACAAAUUGGAUGAUACCGUACGAGGCGAGUCGGGUUUUGGUUCAACUGGAGUCAAGGAAUUACCAGGAGACAAGCAGCAGAUUGUAACUGCAAAAACACCAACCGAUAAGAAAUGCGUUUUGCGUUUUGCCAAACUCACGGAGCACGCGCUGGAGCCACAGCGCGGAUCCGAAAAAGCUGCCGGCCUCGACUUGCGCAGCGCCUACGACUUGAAGGUGCCGUCACGUGGCAAGGCUAUUGUGAAGACUGAUCUUCAGGUGCAGCUGCCAGAGGGCUCCUAUGGUAGAGUGGCCCCCCGUUCCGGUCUGGCCGUGAAAAACUUUAUCGACGUGGGUGCCGGAGUUGUUGACGAGGACUACCGUGGUAACCUGGGUGUUGUCUUGUUUAAUCAUUCGGACACAGACUUUGAGGUCAAGCGCGGAGAUCGCAUUGCACAGUUCAUUUGCGAGCGCAUCUUCUAUCCAGAGCUGGAACAGGAGGACAAAUUGGAUGAUACCGAGCGGGGCGAGGCGGGUUUUGGUUCAACUGGAGUCAAGGAAUUACCAGGAGACAAGCAGCAGAUUGUAACUGCAAAAACACCAACCGAUAAGAAAUGCGUUUUGCGUUUUGCCAAACUCACGGAGCACGCGCUGGAGCCACAGCGCGGAUCCGAAAAAGCUGCCGGCCUUGACUUGCGCAGCGCCUACGACCUCAUAGUUCCGGCUCAUGGCAAGGCUAUUGUCAAGACUGAUCUUCAGGUGCAGCUGCCAGAGGGCUCCUAUGGGAGAGUAGCCCCCCGUUCCGGUCUGGCCGUAAAGAACUUCAUCGAUGUGGGUGCCGGUGUUGUUGACGAGGACUACCGCGGUAACCUGGGUGUUGUCUUGUUUAAUCAUUCGGACACUGACUUUGAGGUCAAGCGCGGAGAUCGCAUUGCUCAGUUCAUUUGCGAGCUUAUAUUCUAUCCGGAGCCAAAAGAGGAAGACAAGUUGGAUGAUACCGAGCGUGGCGAGGCAGGUUUUGGUUCAACUGGGGUCAAGGAACUACCAGAAGCUAAGCUGGCUAAGCAGCAGAAUGGCAACGGCAAAACACCACUUGGCGAAAAUGAUGCUACACCCAUUUCCACAUAGAAUAAUGUGAUAAGCUUAAAGUGCGACUUAACUAGAUAUUCGUAAGUUUAAAACACACACUUCUUGCACAAUCAUGGUUAAGAAUUUCAUAAAUUCUAUCAAAAGUAUUACGUUUAAAUAAAAAAAACAAAGUUUCUGUAUAACAUAAAGGUUCAACUUUCAAAAUCUUAGAAUAUUAACUGUA